AUGCUAUUAGAUUUAAUAUUAUUACUUUUGAUUUUGCAAUGCUGUUUAGGAGAACCGUACUUGGUUUCACUUAAACUUGAAAAAACUUUUGAAUCAUUUUAUGCUUAUGAUACCAAGUUCCCUCCAACUGAAAGGGUUCGGGAUUUAAUCACCAAUACCUAUUCAUUUGAUGACUUUAACGCAUUUUCCGGGAAUUUCCCCAAAAAUAUCAUAGAAAGAUUGGAAAAAUGUGAGUUUGUGGCUGAAAUUUCUCCUGAUGCUAAGUUUAAGGUAGCAGUUAUCAAAUCUCAACCCAAUGCACCAAAGCAUUUGGCAAGAGUUAAUAGAAGGACUCCAAUGAAGAAGGAAAAGAAAGGGGAAAAGAAAAAGAAAUACCCUUAUAUAUAUGACAGUGCAUUCCUGGGACAAAAUGUGAAUGUUUAUGUUAUUGAUUCUGGAAUUCAGCACGAGCAUCCUGAAUUUACUGGUAGAGCUCGAAUGGGAAAAGAUUUUACAGGUGAAGGGGGGGAUGAUUUGCUAGACCAUGGUAGUUAUGUAGCUGGAAUUAUUGGUUCAGCAACAUAUGGAAUUUCCAAAUCCUGUAAUCUAAUCAAUGUCAAGGUUGUAGACAAGAACGAUCAAGCCGAUGCCAGCACCAUAAUUGCUGCAAUAGAAUUCAUCGUCAAACAUCAUAAAAAAGGCAACAAUAAAGGAGUUGUAAAUUUAUCCAUAGGUGUUGAUGCCAAUAGGCUUAUAAAUAGAGCAGUUAAAGUAGCCAAGAGAAUGGGAUUGGUGGUCGUGGCUGCUGCUGGUAAUGAUAAUGUGGAUGCAUGUACAAAAAGCCCAGCAGGCUCACCCCAUGCAAUUACUGUUGGAGCUAUAAACGAUGUGGAUGACAGUAUUGCAUCAUUUUCUAACUGGGGUAAAUGUGUUGACUUUUUUGCAAUUGGGACAAAUGUUGCCAGUGUUAAUCCAAAGGAUGAUACAACUCCAGAAAUUAAAAAGGGAACUUCAAUGUCUGCACCGGUUGUUACUGGAUUAGUGGCAAAUUUACUUAGCAAGGGAAUUGAUCCAGGUAGUGUCAAGCACCAUUUACUAUCCAUUGCAAUCAAAGGUAAAAUUCCAGACUCUCGGGAUUUUGAUAAGGGUACCCGCAACAUAAUAGCACAUAGCGGAAUCUUUCUAAAUGAUCUCCCUAAGUAUAUACCAGUACAUCCGAGUUUAUAA